AUGCCGCCGACCACGGCCGCCGUCGCGGCGGCUGGUGGCCCCGACGUCGAUGCCUGGGCCCUGGGCGUGCUCAAGUCGCUUGGCAUGUCGUCCGAUGCCCGCGGUACAGGUGGCGUUCCCCUGGGCAUCCAUAUCGACGGGCUCGCCCACCGACCGGCAAAGAAGACAGUCUUUGUACCCGACCAAGGCGCGCCGCUUCAGAACCUGCUGGCUCGCAGGGACAGCCAGCGACGACGGGAGGCCGUGCUGAAGGGCAAGGAGGGCAGCCGGCACCGUCGCCGGUGGGAAAACGACCGCCUCCUGCACGUGCCCAACGCGCAGCCACCGCUACCCAGCGACUGGGAGGUACGACCGACCCAUCCGGUGCAUUACGGCCUGCCCUACCACCUGGCUCAGUACUGGGACAAAGGUCUGCGCCAGCACGUCAACGAGACGCGUGCGGCCGCGGCCGUGCUGCGUCGCCGCCAGGUCGUGGCCCAGCAGGCGGGCACUAGCAUGGAGAAGUCGGGGAAGACGGAGAACAUGCGUGUCGGCACGAUUACGCGCGAGCUGCGAGCGACGGCCAAGAAGACGCCGGCGGUUAAGACCUGGGUGCGCGUGCUGGAGGAGCCGGUGCGGGCGUUUCUGCAGGCAGCCGCAGCGGCCAAGGCAGCCGGACACAGCCUGGACGGCAGCGACCGCGACGAGGGCUGGUCCUCGGGCGACGAGGAAGACAGCACGGCUCCGUUCUACUCGGACGAGGAGGAGGACGAGAUCGUCUUUGUCGGCCGCCACAACGCCAGUGGCAGUGCUGGCAUGUGGCGUCAGGCGCAGCAGCAGAAAAAGCCGCCGCGGCAGAAGCAGAUCGACGGCGGCAUCGUGUUUGACGAGCUCGGUGAUGAUCGAGACGGCUCUUUCAAACGCUGGCUCACACACUCCAUCUCGGACUACUACGGCCUGGCCUCGCACUCCGUCUCGGUCGACUCGCCGCCGCGCCGGGUUGUCUACGUGACGCUGCACGAAGAGAUGCGUGCGUCGACCGGCCCUCAGUUCCAGGCCAACCGUGUUGAGAUAUGGCGGAUCACAGAGGACGACCACCUCGUGCUCUUCCACUCGCAGAUGAUCUUCGGCACGAUCUCGAUGCUGCAGUCGCUGCGGCCGAUCGACUCAAAGACGGAGCUGCUGUUUGUCGGCACAGACCGAUUCGAAUACUUCACGCUCACAUGGGACAUGGAGUCCCACAGCCUGCGGACGGUGGACACGUUCCAGGACGUAGGCGAGAAGCACCUGCGCGACUCGCAGAGCCAGGACCGCUGCCUGGUUGAUCCGUCGGGGCGGUUUAUGGCGCUGUUGCUGUGGGAGGGCGUGCUGACGGUGCUGCGGCUGCAGACGCGACGAGACCGAGCACGACCAGACCACAUGCGGCAUCUGGUGCCGAUGGACCAGGUCCGUCUGUCGGAGCUGUUCAUCAAGGCCAGCACCUUUCUGCACUCGGAGACGGGCCAGCCACAGAUUGCGUUUCUGUACCAGUCACAGGGCGACCGCGCCGAGGCCAAGCUGUCGGCGUACCGGCUGACGGCUGGCGACCGCAACGUCGACACCGGUCGCUUCGAUGCCAACAGGGACCGCGAGAUCAGCAUGGACAUUGACGACCCUGGCGCGGCCCUGCUGAUCCCGGUCGAGAAGGUCGAACCGGCAAAGCGGCACAACGUACGCAACACGGCUACGGCUACGGCUAACCUCGGCGGCCUGCUCGUCGUCGGUGAGACCCGGCUGCUCUACAUUGACAGCACGACCAAGUGCACGGUCGAGGUGCCGCUGCGGGCUGCCUCCAUCUUUGUGGCCUGGGCGCGCUACGACGCCACCCACUACCUCCUGGCCGACGAGUACGGCACCCUCCACUUGCUCACCAUCCUUGUCAGCGGCGCCGUUGUCGAUAAUCUCGAUGUCAGCCCGAUUGGCAAGACGUCACGCGCCAGCUGCCUCGUCUACCUGCCAGACCGGCGUCUGCUCUUUGUCGGCUCGCACAAUGGCGACUCGCAGCUGUUCCGUCUCGACCUCGCCGCCAGCCCCGUCGGUCUGCACGAGCUGCAGGUGCUGCAGAACAUCGCCCCCGUGCUCGACUUUACCGUCAUGGAUAUGGGCAACCGCGAGGAUGACCAGCAGCUGGCCAACGAGUACGCGUCCGGUCAAGCCCGCAUCGUCACCGGCAGCGGCGUCCACAAGGACGGCAGCCUGCGCAGCGUCCGCAGCGGUGUCGGCCUCGAGGACAUUGGCAUUCUCGGCGACCUCGGUGGCGUCCGUGGCCUCUUUUCACUGCGCUCGCCGCAAACCCAGCAGCAGCAGCAGGUCGACACCCUGGUGGCUUCCUUCCUGACCGAGACACGCGUCUUUUUGUUUGACGGCGACGGAGAGAUCGAGGAAGUCGAGGCAUUCCCUGGCCUGAACCUGGGCACACAGACACUGCUGGCCACAAACCUGUCUAGUGGCAGUAGCAGUAGCAGCCGUCUUCUACAGAUCACGCCAGGGUCCGUGACGCUCGCAGAAACUGCCAGUGGCACCAUCGUCGCGUCCUGGACGCCACCGGACGACAGGACGAUUGUCAGUGCGUCUGCUAAUAGCCGCUGGGUGCUGCUGUCUGUAGAAGGUACGACGCUCGUGUCGCUCAGCCUCGACAACAGUUUGGCUGUGGCAGCACAGAAGGAGGUUGGGACGACGGAUCAGAUUGCCUGCCUCCACGCGGCCCCACAGCUCCUAGACGUCGGUGUGGUCGGGCAGUGGGCGUCGGGGAUGGUCUCAGUAGUGGACCUGGCCACGCUGGAGCCGAAGCACGGCGGCAAGUCGCUGCGCCGGAGGGACGACAACGCGUCGGUGCCGAGGAGCAUCGUGCUAGCCCAAGUGCUGCCACCCGGAAUGGCGGGCCCGACGCUGUUCGUGGCCAUGGACGACGGCAACGUGAUCACUUUUGCGGUGUCGCCGUCUGACCUGUCGCUCUCUGGCCGGAAGAGCGUGGUGCUGGGAACGCGACACGCCCGGUUGCACCCCCUCCCGCAAAGUGACGAGGCCACGUACAGCAUAUUUGCAACGACAGAGCACCCCAGCCUGAUCUACGGUUCCGAGGGCAGGAUCGCGUACGCCGCCGUGACAGCCGAGGACGCCAACUUUGUGUGCCAUUUUGACGCAGCGGCAUUCCCGGGCGCCAUCGCAGUAGCGACGGACUCACAAAUCAAGCUGUCGCGCACCGACACCACGAAGCAGACGCACGUGCGGGCGAUCGACAUGGGCGAGACGAUCCGGCGGAUUGCAUACUCGGCGACCGAGCGGGUGUUUGCACUCGGCUGCAUCAAGCGGGAGCUGACACAGGGCCGGGAGGUGGUGACGAGCUCGCUCAAGCUGGUGGACGAGGUGGCAUUCCAGCCACUGGGAAAGCCGCUGGCGCUGGAGGUGGAGGGCACCGAGCUGGUCGAGUGUGUGGUUCGCGCAGAGCUGCGCGACGCCCUGGGCAACCCGGCCGAGCGCUUUCUAGUGGGUACGAGCUUUAUGGCGGCCGGGUCGAGCGAGAACGAGCACACGCUCGGCCGGAUCCUCGUUGUCGGCGUCGACAGCGACCACAGCCCCUACAUUGUGUCUUCACACCGGGUGCGCGGCCCGUGUCGCUGUCUGGCCAUGGUGGACGACCUGAUCGUGGCCGGCCUCAGCAAGACGGUGGUGUUGAGCCGAUACACGGAGACGUCGAGCAUGUCGGGCGAGCUGAAGAAGGUGGCCUCGUACCGGACGGCCACAUACGUCGUGGAUCUGGCCGUGGACGGCCACAUGAUCGCGGUGGGCGAUAUGAUGAAGUCGACCGCGCUGGUGGAGUACAUUCCGGCAACGUCAGGCGAUGGGGAGGACGAGGAGGAUGAUGGCGCGGGAGACAACAAAAAAGGCAAAGGAAAGACGGCAGACCGAAGCAAGACCAUCGCAGAAGGCCCGAAGCUGGUAGAGAGGGCUAGAGGCUACCAGGCCAGCUGGGCGACGGCGGUGUGUCACGUGGAGGGUGACCUGUGGCUCGAGGCCGACGGGUUUGGCAACUUGACGAUGUUGGAGCGCGACGUUCAAGGCGUGACGGCUGACGACAAGCGGCGGCUGCGGACGGUCGGCGAGAUGUAUCUCGGCGAGAUGGUCAACCGGAUCCGGCCGAUUGCCGUGGAGACCAGCCCGGGUGCUAUGGUGCAUCCCCGGGCGUUUUUAGCAACGGUCGAGGGAUCUAUCUACAUGGUCGGCACGAUUGCGCCGGAAGCCCAGGACCUGCUGAUGAACCUGCAGACGAAACUGGCGGCCAUUGUCAAGGGCCCCGGAAAUACCAGCUUCUCGGCGUAUCGCAGCUUCCGUAACGCAGAGCGCGAAAGCACAGAGCCGUUCCGGUUCGUCGAUGGCGAGCUGCUAGAGCGCUUCCUCGACGUCGGCGAAGACGUGCAGAAGGAAGUUGCCCAGGGCUUAGGCCCCAGCGUGGAGGACCUGCGGAACAUUAUCGAGGAGCUGAAGCGGCUACACUAA